UAAUGACUUCCUACCUAAGCUUUGUUUAUCAAUAAUUUCUUCGGCAAGCGAACACAGGUUACCAUAUUCUUCUUGUAAAUGUGUAGUUUCAAUUCCAAUGAAUUUUGCGGCUCCGAGUUUCGGGUGUUCGUGUUUAUAUGCGACAGAACGUAAGAAGACGUCGAAAGGCGACGUGUAGCGCGAAAUUCGUGGAAGCGUAAUAUGAUGGGUGGCACGCGCGACUUCUGAUACUAACAGAGUGGGGAUUCAUAUAUCGUUUAAAAACUUGUCAACAUCUCAACAAGUGUGUGCGAGCGUUUAACCGCGCGGCCACGAUUUUUGGACCUGCUGUCUAUUUAGUCUGCUGCUUUGACCCUUCGCGGCUGCUAUCCUCGCCGUAAUCCUUUUCCCAUGGAAUAUUCAUUAUCGACUAUUCGUCAUCGAGUUUAUCGAAGAAGCGCGAUGGUUGUCGCGUUUUUUGUCCUCACCACUGUGAGCGUCGUGCAGGGGGAAAUUCCAUGCAAGGGUGAUGACGAUUGCCCAUCCAACAAAUAUUGUUAUAAUGUAUCGAACACGUGCGUGAAUCACACUCAGUGCAGUCGUUACAAUCGAGCCAGAGGUCCGAGACCAGCUCAAGAUCCAUCUCAAUGCGGACCUUGUCUACCAGGGUAUGCAGCAGAAUUAAAAUUCACCGGAGUGUGGGAUCCCGUGUGCUUGAAGACAACGACCUCUAAAGAGAAUGAGACUGAAUCCACGCGAGGCCUCGACUGGCCUAGGUAUUGGGUUGCCAUAGCUGUUUUAGCAGCGAUUUUUUUCACACUCGUGAUAGCUUUUGUAUUGAGAAAACACGUUUGCAUAGCAAACCGUGAUAGGAUUUGCAAUAAGAUGAUUUCUUGGAGCGUGAGACCGACUGCACCUCCACAGGACGAAGCAUCGUUCCGUUUGAGGCAUAAAACAUACCCCGUUGAUGAGGAACGACCACCGAUAUAUUCGUCCGUAAUAGGACCGAACGUUGACAAAAAUCAUUUGGUUAGUGCAACGCCAUUCGGAACUGCACUUUGGGUAAACAAACCACCCUACGAAUUUGAUUUCAACGACAAUGUUUCCGACGGUGUAGCAAUGCCCAUUCACUCAUCUUCAAACAAUUCUCAAAUGGAUCUGGAAGAGGAGGAAGAAACGAAUCCGAGCUCGUGGACACCCGGGCAAAUGACAGUAGAAGUGCCAAGUCGUCCGUUCGCACGAUUUGGUGUUGAACAGCAAGAGAACGUUAUAAACAACGUAUUAAUUCGAGAAAACUGUGCUUCGCAUUCAACGCAAGAGGACAGUGGCUCGGACGAGGCUGGCGGAGUUCAUGAAGAAUCAUCAAGUUCUCGAUCGCAAGGAAACACAUUCUGUGGACCGAAUGUGCAAAUAAACCAAACAAUUACGUUAAAUAUUGGCAAGAAUAGUACAAAGUAAUUGGUGAUUUGUACACCCCUUGCUCUCUUUCCAGGUCAUUCGGGCCACUGGAACCAAAGUGCCAAUAGAUGUCAAAGUUUUCUCGUUUUGAAUGCAACGAAUUAUCUUUUUUUUUAUAUUUUUCCAUUUCGUAAUUUUUCCAUUUGCUUAAUAUUUCUUGUUUUAAAUUUUAUCUACGCGUUUUUAAGGAAAAACCCAAAAAAAACGUCAACCAGUUUCUCCGUACUCUUCGUCCACUGAACUUUUUUUUAAAAUUAAAAAAAAAAGUAUAUGCCAUUGCAUUUCAAAAUAUUUUAACGUCAUCCAGUAGUUUAGUUAGCAGAUCUCGUCAUUUAGCUAACAAAAAUCAUGUUUGUAUUAUAUUUAAUCUAUAAUCGCAACAUAUUAAUUCAACUGUGACGUAAAAAAAAUCAAUGUAUGUUAUCGUUGAUUUCAACACAUUUUAAUGUGGUGCGUCGUAGCAAUCGUUUUGUAUGUUAUAAAUAAUUGAUUCAUUGCGUCGAGAAACCCCGCGCUGGGAGAGGAAUUUCGCAAAUCAUUAUUAUCAUUUUUUCAAUUGCAACAUUUACGAAAUCGUGUUUAAGCGGUGGUUCAAUCAAUUUGUUAAUGAGCGCUGAUCUGAUCAAGAUCUUUUUUGACAUUUUUUUGUUUGUCAUUUAGCAUUAUCCAUUGUUCCUGCAAAUCGUUAGCCCACCUCCGCUCUUUUCUUAUUCUGAAAAUAUAUUAUUUUUCUUUUAAGAACAUGACCAACUUCCGCAACACUUAAAAUACUGUUACGAUUUUACUGGUCAUGAUUUUUCAUAACGGAAGAGCGAUUUCAUUGUAUCAUCGCAUGAAAUUUUGUUGAUAGUCAUUCGUUCAAGGAAAACGGGAACAAUGGAAAUACCGCAAGAUCUUUCUAUAAUUUAUACUAAAUCGAUAAGCUUAGUUCUUAUUGAAGCUCAAUUAAUUAAUGGUAUCAAAUGUAUGCUCUCGUCUAUUCCAAUACUGAAUUUUGUAGCUAGGAAGCCAGAGUUCGGGGCAAACUCGAGCGGCAUUUUGUUUUGUAAAAUAAAAAGCAAAUGCGCAA